GAUGGCGGAGGUACCGCCUGGGCCUAGCAGCCUCCUCCCACCACCAGCACCUCCGGCCCCGGCGGCCGCCGAGCCCCGCUGCCCGUUCCCGGCGGGGGCCGCCCUCGCCUGCUGCAGCGAGGAGGAGGAAGACGACGAGGAGCACGAAGGCGGUGGCGGCAGCGACCGGGACCGCGGCGGCCGGAGCCCGGCGAGCGGCGAGGCAGCGGCGGCCAAGGGGCAUCCGUGUCUCCGCUGCCCGCCGCCGCCUCCACCGGAGCAGCAGCAGCUCAACGGCUUGAUCAACCCCGAACUGCGACACCUCCGGGCGGCCGCCUCCCUCAAGAGCAAGGUCCUGAGUGCAGCCGAGUCGGCCACGAUCACGGCCACCCCGGACGGGGGCCCUAAAGUGACUGCCACCAAAGGUGCCGGGGUACACACGGGCGAGAGACCCCCUCACUCCCUCCCCAAUAAUGCCAGAACUGCGCUCCCCAGCCCGACAGAAGCAGCGGCGGAGAGCGACCCCGCGGCGGCCCGCAAUGGACUGGCCGAGGGCCCCGAGCUGGAGGAGGAGGAGGAAGAGGAGGAGGAAGAUGAGCAGGUGCGACUGCUGUCUUCGUCCCUGACCGUCGGAUGCAAUUUAAGAAGCCCCUCGGGUCGGGAGGUCGAGCCCGGGGAGGAUCGGACGAUAAGAUAUGUCCGCUAUGAAUCCGAGCUCCAAAUGCCUGAUAUCAUGAGACUGAUCACCAAAGAUCUGUCUGAACCCUACUCCAUUUAUACGUAUAGAUAUUUUAUCCACAACUGGCCACAGCUGUGCUUCUUGGCCAUGGUAGGGGAGGAGUGUGUAGGUGCCAUCGUUUGCAAGUUGGAUAUGCACAAAAAGAUGUUCCGCAGAGGUUAUAUAGCCAUGUUAGCCGUGGAUUCCAAAUACAGGAGAAAUGGCAUUGGUACUAACUUGGUUAAGAAAGCUAUAUAUGCUAUGGUUGAAGGAGACUGUGAUGAGGUUGUUUUGGAAACAGAAAUAACAAAUAAGUCUGCUUUGAAACUUUAUGAAAAUCUUGGUUUUGUUCGAGAUAAGAGGCUAUUCAGAUACUAUUUAAAUGGAGUUGAUGCACUGCGACUUAAACUGUGGCUGCGUUAAGAAACUGACAUCAAAGAACAACUUCCAACCACAAAGAAUCGACUUUUGCAUGCAAUGCAAUUUGUACAGAAUUGCUUUGCAGGUGGAUUUAGUAAUUUCCAUACAGCUCUUAUCUGUCAGUGUCUCAUUGAGUGUCGCACAAUAUUUGUUGCACUUUGGCAUGGCGCGUUUGUUCUGAAUUAAAAGAGAUUGUUUUAAACUUCAAGAGUUCUUUUGGUACCAACAAGAUGUGCCAGUUGAUAGCCAAGAUUUGUUCAUUUGCAAAGUCUACUGACAAUGUUAUUUACAUAGUGAUCAUUUUAUCACAGAACCAGUAAGUGGGACAUGAUUUUUGUUCCUUAAAAAAAGCCAAUGUGUGUAGAGUGUAAAAAUCUUAAGCAUACUAACAUUUCACAUGAAACCUGCCAUAGUUUUCUGAAGGGAGUGAGGGAAAAGCUUCAAUUUUAAAUUUUAUUUUCCAAUAUUAAAUUUCCAUUCUUGAAUUUUGGUACCUCAGUGAUUAGUGAAUGAAAAACAAUGUAGGGUGGGAUAUGUCUUACAAUGAGUAAAGAUAACAAUUAAAUUGUGUCUGCCAGUGCCUGUGUAGAUAAGUAUUCUUGUCUUCUUCAUCUAUAGUUUUCUAUUGCAUGCUGAUUUUUUCUUUUAAGGCCUUUACAAGCAGACUUUUAUUUUUAUUUAAAUCUAAAUUUGAUAAUAAAUUAUUUCAGAUUUUUAUAAUUUGGAUACUUUCCAGGUGAGUGACAACGUGCUUUACUUUAGAGGUCUCUUCUUUCCUUACAGUAAGAAGUUCAGUGUACUUGGGAAAUGUUUGAGAAAUAGCUCAAAAGGGAUGAGAAAAGUUGAUGGAGCUGGGAAUUGCUGGGUUUUGGAUGCACUUUUUUUUUUUUUAAGAGUGGGGGAUUCUUUUUGGAAAAGAAUAAAAAAUUAAUGUAAAUUGGUAUGAUUUUAUUUAAUCAAAAUUAUUGCUAAGCUGUGUGAAGAGCAGCUUCAAUAAAGUAGCUGGUUUUUUUUUUCCCAUUUAAGAUUUAUAUUUUGCUUCCAUUUCAUAAAAUGUUUCAAUUUUGGUUCUUGGUCUUGGAAAUAAAUUUAAAGGUGCGCUGUACCCAUUUUAAGCUGCUUUAUUUUCUUUUCACUUAUAUGAUCAGAUUUUUGAGGAACUUUGUUCUAUUCCUUUUGAAAGACAAAAAGGAGAAAUGCAAAUCUUUGUAAAUGAGUUCUUAGGGUUUUCUAAGCAGCCAUCUUCACUGUAUUCAAGCUAAUCAGUUCAGUGUAACAAAUUUUUAAGUUAAUUCAUUUCAUUUGAUUCAGUAAACCUGUACUGGAUAAAUUUAUUUAAUUGGAAAACCUAGGUACCCAUAUGUAAAAGGAUGAAUUUUCUGAAAAAAUAUUUUGUAGGUAUCUGUUGUUGUUUUCCUUUGAACAUGUUUUUAUCUAGCUAGGAUUUGGUUUGAACUUUAUGACUAUAAUUACUGUAUUUUUAAAAACCCUACCUCCAUUAACAGUUGGUAAAGGCCCCUGUUCAGGAAAGUUUGUUGCUUUUUUUUUUUUUUUU